AUGCCGCCGAAGAAAAUGAUAAAAUUACUCCCGAACCAGGGUAAAUUAACAGAGUUUUUGAGAAAAGAGAAGAGUGGCAGUGAAUCUGACAUUAAUAACAACAAGGAGGUUAACGAUGAAAGGGACGCUGAUUUAGAAGCUGAACUAAAUGAAAGUGGCGAUAGAGAAACAGAGAAAACUCGGAAGAUUCGCAAGUUCCAGAAAAAAUGGCUCACUAUGUAUUCCUGGUUAAGAUUGGAGAAUGAAGACGAUAGUGAUGAAUUUAUGUAUUGCAAUGCAUGCACUGAUCAUAAAAAGGUAAAUGGUAUGAACAAAGUCGCUAAGAAUAAAAAUUUUCAGCAUUCAACAUUGACCAGGCAUGUAAACUUGGCGGAUCACAAACUUGCCAUAUUAGCACCAUGUCUCAAAGAAAACAUGGAUCAAUGUCAGAAAAAACACACCACAAAGUACGAUGAUGCUAUUAAAUCCUUACUCACAUGUGUUAAUUGGAUGGUUUCAGAAAACCUACCCCUGUCUAAAUUCAAAUCAUUGAUCGAUCUGUUGAAUGAACUUAGUCUUGAGAACAUUGCCAUCUUGAAGUCAUUUUGCAACAUCAAUUAUGAAUCGGAAUUUUCUGCUAGUGAAUUACUUGAUAGUUUAUCAAAGGUUGCUGACACACAUUUAAAUGAAAGUUUAUCAGCUUCUCCAAUGGUGACGGUUAUGUCUGAUGAAAGCACUGACAUCUCAAAUACAAAAAGACUAGUUAUUUAUGCCCAACUCAUCUCUGAUGACAUGAAACCCUCUACACAUUAUGUCAACAACAUGGAAUGUACAGAUGCAACAGGCAAAGGCAUAGCUGUAUCUUUACUUGAUGAAUUUAAACAAAGAGGAGUGCCAGCUUCGAAAAUUAUGAGUAUGGGAUCAGAUGGGGCCUCAGCAAUGACUGGGAAACAAAAUGGUGCAGCAGCCAUUAUGCAACGUCAGAAUCCACAUAUGGUAAAUGUACAUUGUGUGGCUCACCGUCUAGCCUUAUGUACAUCACAGGCAGCUUCCAAGAAUUCACAUCUCCAGGCACACCAACAGAUUUUGACAGAUUUGUUUUACUACUUUAAGGGCAGCAGUAAACGACAGUCAAAACUCAAAGAAAUUCAAAACAUCUUGGAUGAUCCUUGCCUUACAAUUAAAGAAAUCAACUCUGUAAGGUGGUUGUCUUACUUUAGUGCCCUGUCAACUGUCCAGAGAACCGUAGACAGUCUCCUAACAUAUCUUGCUGAGGCGGAUGGGAAUAAGGAUGCUAAAGCUGCUGGUUUGAGGAAAAAGAUUGCAAGUGAAUCCUUCAUUUCAAUUACAUACAUGAUGAUGGAUGCCAUGGCACCAGUAACUAUUCUGUCACAGUUCUUUCAAACAGAAAAUGUGGAUUUAGCUCUUGUAAAGGUGAAGAUAGAUUUGUGCCUCUCUGACCUUGAGAAAAUUAAAAGCAUGGGAUCUCCUCAUCUACAAGCUGUGAAGGAAGAGAUGGACGUCCAAACAGGAUUUUUUCAGGGGCAUUCCAUAAAGAAAACAAAUUUGAACUUAAACAACCUAACAGCAGAUUUUAUUGAUGCCCUGAAGGAAAACAUCAUAGCAAGCAUCCUUGCUUUAAGACCUAUAAGUUUUCUUAGCAAUGAGGAGUUAAUCAACUUUGGUGAGGAAGAGAUUAACACACUGUGUAAAUUUCAUGGGGAAAGAAGAACUGUUGAGUGGAGUGAUGAAAAAGGCAAUCAUAAGAAUUCAAGUGAAGCUGUUAUUUCAGCAGAAAAGACCAAGGAAGAGUGGAACUUCUUAAAAAGAGUAGUUCUUGCUGAACAUUAUCCUCGAGAUUGUUUUUGGAAGUUGUGGAAUUUGAUUGUCACUUAUCACAAGGAACAAUUCCCUAAUCUGAUUGUAUUAGCACAACUGGCCCUUACCUCAGCCGUGCACACUGCUGGUUGUGAGAGGGGCUUUUCCAUGCAAAAUCAAAUUCUGACCAAACUAUAG